AUGAAAAUUAAUGUAAAUAGCAAAAAUGAAGAUUCAUUGUCUGUAAAUAAAAUCUCAUCUGUGACUGGACCUUCUCCCACGAGUUCUAAAGCAAGUACUAAAAAUGAAGAUUCAUUAUUUAUAAAUGAAACUUCAUCUAUAACUAACCCUUCCACCACCAACUCUAAAAACAAAAAAAAACUAUCCACAAUCAAAAAUAAACUUCCAAUCAAACCUUCAUCCAAAAUCGCCAAACCAUGUACUCGAACUAGGACUUGUCGAAAAUUGACAGACCUGGCAAAAGAAGCACUAACUAAUUCAGAUGAACAAGCAGCAACUUCUCCGCCUAAUAAUAUACAACCAGAAAUAAAGGAUAUGGUUAAAAAUGCAUAA